AACAGGGAAGAAAAAGAGAAGUAGCAGCGAAAAGAGGACAAAGAAAGGGGAACUCCCUACUGGAGCAAGGGCAAGAGAUCCAGAAUCUCAGAGAAGCUCUCUAAAGGAGCACUUUACAGUUUACUAGAGAUCGUUCAACUAAAUCACGUUCUUUCACUGUUAUUCAAAUUACACUUCUAAGCCACCAUCUAUUGAGCUUGGCAAACAUGUGGACUAGCAUUGUUCCUCAGAAUUUAACAACACAUAAUUAUGAAAACUGGAGAAUUUGGAUGAAGAACUAUCUGUUAGCUCAUGAUCUCUGGGACAUUGUUGAAGCAACUACGGAAUCUCCUCUUCCAGAACAGGCUGAAUUUAAGGAAUGGCAAAAGAAGAAUGCUGCAGCUUUAUAUGCAAUCCAUAUUUUAUGCUCCCUUGAUGUAUUUUUAAAGAUUAAAGAGAUAGAUUCAGCUGGUCUUUGUUGGAAUGCUUUGGCUGAUAUCAAGAUGGAAUGCACACCGAAGCCGGAGCCGGAGCCAGAGCCAGAGCCUAUACUACAAUCAGAUUCCUUUAUCAACUUUUAUAGAGAAGGAGAAUGUGUACCUUAAAUUUCGGUCCUUAUGCCUGGCCAUAGGGAACGGUUGCGAAGCUGUUAAAGAAUUCAUUGAGAAUAGCCCAGAGGCAGUAAGAGAAAAACUUACAAACUUUGGUGAUACAGCUCUUCAUCUGGCAGCCUAUAAUGGGAAUGUGAAGGUGGUGGAAGAGUUAGUAGAGUUAAUGAAAGAAGAAGACUUAGAAUACUAAAUAAUAAUAAUGAGACAGCUCUAAGCAUAGCUGCUGGUUCUGGAAACUUAAGACUUGCAGAAUGCAUGAUAAACAAGAGCAAGAAGUUGGCCUGUGUCGCAGGAACUACAUAUAUCCCUGUCAAUGUAGCAUGUGGCAAAGGCCACAGGGAUGUGACUUGUUUUCUAUAUUCUGUCACUCCAUUAGACUUUCUACUUCCAGAAGCUGGUGCUUUCGGAUCUUUGCUUCUCCAUGCAGCGAUAUGCAAUCAUUUUUUUGAUAUUGCCUUGGAUCUGGUCCAGCAUUGCCCACUUCUAGCUAUUACAAGAAAUCAUCUUGGAACAACACCUCUGAUUGAAUUCUCCUGUCUAACUCGUUUAUUCCCAGAAAGCUGUCGUCUAUCAUUUUGGCAACGAUGGAUCUAUUCAUGUAUUAACGUGCAUCAACUUGCUUCCUCAAGAGAUGUUCGAAUAUACAUUCCUCAAAAUGGCCGAAAAGAAGAUGGGAACUUUUUGAAAAGAGGUAUGCUUCAUUCUUUCUCUAUGUUUCUCUCUUCAGUAACUGCAACGCAUAGUUUACAGCAAUGGCAUGGCUAUACUUAGGCUGAUUUCAAAGAGUUGUUAGUUCUUGAGUUGGUUAAAUUUGCAGGGUUAAAUCGAGCAAUUUUUCAAAUCAUGCAUAAUAUAAAAAAAAUUAUCAAUUCAUAUAGGAUCCGAAAAUAUUUUCGGAUCCUAUGUGUUAACG